ACAGCUGAUGGGCCACACUUUCCGAAAAACCGAAAAAACAUUUGAUUAUUAUUUUAAGUUUUCUGACUAAAAACUCGUUCGACUUUCGGGCUAACCUGCUUUACCAUGUACCUCUCGCGCCAUUUAAGAUUGCUGCCCAAGGCAAACAUUGCCCGCAGCUUGAAUGGAGGUGGAGUGCAUUACACAACAGCCAGCAGUGCGGCGCCGGCAGAAGAUUCCCCCAUACAAAUACCCAACCGUAUCCAGCGCUCACCCACAGAUUUGCUGCAAGCCCUGGCAGGAACCGUUGGCAGGGACAGCACGGCACCCCACUACAAAUACCACGAUGAUCCAUUCCUGAUACCGAUGUCCAAUGCGGCAAAACGAACCUAUGCCAUGUCCAAGGAGUCUGGACGCAAAGCGGCCCAGUGGAUUAAGGAGGAGCACCGAGACUUAUUUUUGCACCAAGAAGCUGAACCUUCCAUUGAAAAGUUUGCUCCAAGCAUGGUCUACACUGAGGACUCCCAGGUGGAUGAAAGCUCGCUCUCCCAAUUAAUUUCCCAGGGUGAACUCAAAGAUGCUGUGCUUGUGUACAACCUACUGGAAAAGAAGGGAGUAGAAAUUAGUUCUGAACUGAAACAAAGCCUUCUGGAACUGGUGUGUUUUUACAACAACGACGAACCGUUGCCCGAAGAGUGGAUUGAGGAACGCUGGUUUCUGCAGAAUAACCGAAGACGUGAGCGUGGUGGAAAGACCUGGAAAGACGGAGAUCUGGCGGAGAAGCUAUACGCCGAAAUUGAACCGAAAACUCCCCAAUCCUACGCCGCUCUUAUAAGAGGAAUGGCCAAGUAUCUGCAGUGCGAGCGGGCUUUCGCGCUGCUACAAGAAGCCGGCGAGAAGCGCAUCCAACUGGACACCAACACCUACAACUCCAUCAAUCAAAUUGUUAGCCUCCUAAAGGACAAUGCAGAACAGCGAUGGCAGUUAUGUACUGACCUUCUGCAGGAGAUGUCACAACAAAAACUGCUUCCCAAUAUCGGAACCCUAAACGCCGUAUUGGAGUGUAUUAGCACUUUUGGUAACUUCAAGCUGGCCCGCACAUCGGCUCUAAAGGUGCUCCCCGAAUUUAAGAAGCUUGGCGUGAGUCCCAGCUUGGGAACCUACUAUUAUCUGCUGAUUAUCUUCUGCCGUGAAAGAGGUCCAGUGUCCCACAUUAUUGUAGACAUUCUUAACGAUAUUGGCGGCAAGGAGUUAAAAAUAGUUCACCCCAAGGACACGUACUUCUUUGCUACAGCGAUGGAUGUGUGUCGCAACCAUUUGCAUGACAAAUCCCUGGCUAAGAAGGUGGACGCGCUUCUUCACACCGGCAAGAACUACGAUCUGAUUGGCGAUUCGUUCAAGGAAUCCAUUUACUAUCGCAACUACUUGGCACUGCUUUGCCAGACAGAGACGAUCGAGGACUUUAUGCUGACUUACGACCAGCUGGUUCCGAAUAUUUACAUCCCAGAGCCCGGUAUCAUGGAGGAGAUCCUUAGGGCUGUCGAGAUCAACGGUGCAGUGGAGCACGUACCGCGUAUUUGGUCCGAUAUGGUAGUAUUUGAUCACACGCACCGUGAGAGUCUGCUGCUCUACGUUUUACGAAUUAUGGUGAACAACAAACCAAGCACAGAUUCAGGCGCCCACCAGCAGCUACCUGAGCAAUGCGCUAAAGUGGCCCUGGAUAUGUACGAAAAGGUGGAGGAAGCCGUCAAGCGCCUGCGUAAGGUCUCUUUCACAGGUCAAAUGUUGGGUGAUAUCCUGACCCUGCUUGUCCGCGGGGAUAAUUUCGAGAAAGCCACUGAAGUGUUUGCUCACAUCGACAAGAACCAGCACAGAAUUCCCGGAACACCCUCGGAGACAGCGCUGCAGGAAUUUGUGGAAGCCAGCAUACAGAACAAGUCUCCUAGCCAGGCACUAACUGCACUUCAAUAUGCCGUGGAUAAUAACAUGGAAAGCAGUACCCUGGCACGACGCAUUCAUAAUGGAUUCACCUUGAACGAAACGCAUUUGGCCAAGCUGAAAUCGCUGGUGGGGGAAAGUUUCCUUGAAAAAUAACUAAACUAUAUAAUACAAUUGUA